GAGCAGCCAACACAUCCUCAUCUUCCUGGGAGGGCCAGGACACCCAGGUUGUGGGACCGGAUGUGAUGGAUGAUCUUGCCCACAAGUUUCGCCAGGCGAAUGCGGAGAUUGAUUUGGAAGGGGAAGAGUUGGUUACUCGUCGCCAGCAGUUGGCGGCGAAGGCCGUCGUUGAUGGUGCUGGCAACAGCAAGAAAAAGGUGACUUCGGGUGAGGUGAGCACGAAGACGACAGAGAGCAAGAAGAAGAAGAGAGUCAAAGGGGCCAAUCAGGGCGGCGAGCCCUGCUGUGCUCCGGAUGAGAUGCCUGCUGAGCCCGAGCCCUCCAAGCCAAAGUCGGGUCGCAAAGUGAAGGCCAAGGCAAAAAAGGCUGCGAAGCCUUCCGCUGAGGAGAUGGCUCCCCCUGAGGAGUCAGCAGAGACCGAGAAAGCAGCUCCCAAGGGUCGCAAGGCCAAGGCCAAAGCGAUUGAGGAGAUGGCUCCUGCUGAAGAGUCAACAGAGACUGAGAAAGCAGCUCCCAAGGGUCGCAGGGCCAAGGCCAAAGCAGCGGCCAAGGCUGUGGAUGCCUCUGAUGAGGAGAUGGCUUCCGCUGAAGAGUCGAAAGAGACUGAGAAAGCAGCUCCCAAGGGUCCCAAAGCCAAGCCUGGCAAGCGCAAGUUCCCGGUCAAGGUGAAUGAUGCGAGUGCCGAGUCAGGUGGCAAGCGCAAGUCCCCGGUCAAGCCCAAUGAUGCGAGUGCCGAGUCAGGUGGCAAGCGCAAGUCCCCGGUCAAGCCGAACGACGAGACUGCUGUGGCAUCUGGUUCGAAGCGAGCCAAGAGGGAGAGGUUUGGGGAUUGCAAGACCCCAACGACCUUCGCGAGGAGGUACAUGCCGGAGAAGCCAGGUUUCUCCCGUGAGCGAUGGCAUGCAAUCCGCAUUGCCUUCAACACGAAUAUCCACAAGCGGUUGGACACCCCAAGCAAGCACGAGGACUGUGUUCACAGGUGUUUACGAUUUGGUAGCAGUGAUCGCCUUUGUCUGUCGUAUGUUUAUAUACAGACACUUCGAGAGUUUGUCAUUUCCUUUGAGAAAUUAAUUGUGUGA